CUGUUGAAGGAAAUUGGAAUUCUACAUAUCAUCUGAUCAUCAUGAGCUCUUACUAUUUUGUUUUUUAUGGUCGAACUUGUGCAGGCUAGCUGGCCUGGCCUUUAUGUUUUCUGCAAGCAUUCUCUUGCAAAUCCUGGCAUGUGUUCUAUAUGCCAAUUGGUGGCCAAUGUUAUCAGCAUUGAUGUAUGUGUUGGUACCAAUGCCGUGCUUAUUUUUUGGAGGUGGUUCAACUGCAUUCUUGAGUUCUAGGGAUGGCGGAGGGUGGGUAGAUGCUGCAAAGUUUUUGACCGGGGCUUCUGCUGUAGGGAGCAUUGCCAUCCCAGCUAUUCUGAAACAUGCAAACCUUAUUGAGUCGGGGGCAAUGUUCAUUGAAUUUACAUCCUUUUUUAUCCUGGUUUGUACAGUAUUAUGCUAUCAUCGUGCAAGCUUGGAAGACAGUUGGGAUUACUAGGUUCUUGAUUGCAAAUUCCUGUUUUAUCCAACUCUCGACUAUUAACAGUUGCCUUAUUUUAAUGUGGUACUAUCAAUGAUAUAAAGAAAGGUCAGCUGCAGCAGGAUAUUGAAGACAUUGUAUUGUAUAAUGAUCACAUUUUCCUUCGACUAAAACACAACUUAACUGACACCCAGGCAUAUGCAAAUCUUGCUAACCUAUUCAUUCUGGGUUUUCACACAUCAUCAUUUUGAAGAUGAUUUAGAGGCAAUGUUGAAUUGCUAUUUCUAGUUAUGUCCUAAGAAUGUGCGAGCAUAUUUGUCAGUUAUGUGAAUGAAGGUAUAAUGAUUACUUUAUUCCAAUUUUAUUAAUGGAUUUUGCUGUAUCA